AUGAACACUAGAUAAAUGUAAAAUACUAAUCAAAAGGUUAUUUUAAAAAGAAUCGAAAUUUUAACAAUGCUAGAAUUUACAGUCAAUUGGAUACUAUUCAUUAUGUAAGAAUAUUUGAUGCAUUCAUGGUACUUCUUUAUAACUGUAUAGUAAUAUAUCAAAUAUCAUAGAUUUUUAUUUAUCUCAUUUUAAAUAUUGUCGAAAUUCACAUCAUAGGCUAUUCUAAACAAAUAAUCCCAGUGCAUCUUCUAUUUGUGUAAAUAUUAUUCUUUAAAGAAUAGAUGUAUUGCUUUUUUACUAAUUUUACUGAUUAUCACAACCAUAGUUCAUGGAAUACAAAUUUAAUUAUUUCUGUUUCUCUUUUAAAUCCUAUUUAUGUAAUUAAAAAUAAAACACAGAUCAUUAAUUCUAAUAGGUCACUAGGAUCGUUAAUAACAUAUAUAACUUGAAACAUCACAUGUUUAAUGA